AUGAAUUACGACAAGGUCGGUGACCCAAAACCAACCGGCCGGUGCCACGUCAGGAACAUGUCGGUGUACGUCUACGAGCUGCCGUCCAAGUUCAACUCCGACCUUCUUCGAAAUUGCACCCGCUUGAACAGGUACCGGAACUUGUGUCCCGAUGUGGUAAACCACGGCCUAGGCCAACCACUCUCCGUCGAAGCAAACACGCCUACAAAGGAACCAAUUUGGUUCGCACCCUACCAGUUCGCGGUGGAAGAGAUAUUCCACGCUAGGAUGUUAAACCACCCUUGUCGCACGAACGACCCGGCACGUGCCAACCUCUUCUACGUGCCGUUCUACGGCGGGUUCCACAUGUCAAGCAUGGGUCGAGAGACCAACUACACGGCCCGCGAUGAGCUGGCAGUACAGCUGGCGGAGCACGUGGAGCAGCAGCAGCCCUGGUGGGGCCGACGGAACGGGAAGGACCAUUUCAUGGUCCUGGGCCGGACCGCAUGGGACUUCAUGCGGUCCGACCGGCAGCAGGGUGUCGUCGACUACGGCUCGAACACGCUCCUGAACCUCCCAGCGGUCAGGAACAUGUCGGUGUUCGUGGUCGAGAGGCACCCUUCGGAAGGGAACAACCAGCUCGGGAUCCCGUACCCGUCCUACUUCCAUCCCUACACGGUCGACCAGGUCAGAGACUGGCAACGAAAGGUGGCGGGAUCGAACCGCCCAUACCUCUUCUCGUACAUCGGGGCGCGGAGAAAGGAAGGCGUGGCGGCGGCUAUCAGGGACGAGCUCAUGCAGCAGUGCUCCGAAUCGGAGCACUGCAUGCUGCUCAACUGCACUGCGGAUGCAUCCAAGUGCAGCGACCCGAAGGAGGUGCUGAGGGUGAUGAUGGCGUCGCGGUUCUGCCUGCAGCCACGUGGCGACUCGUUCACCCGGCGGUCCGUUUUCGACUCGUUGCUCGCAGGGUGCCUGCCGGUUCUGUUCUCGAGGCACACCGCGUACACGCAGUACCAAAUGUACUUGCCCGAAAACACGACAUCUUACUCCGUGUUUUUGUGGGAGGACGAAAAGAUGAUCAGUGACAACGGAUUGAGGAAGGUUAACAUAGAAGAAGAGCUGAUGAAGAUCGGGAGCGGGAAAGUUGAGGAGAUGAGGAAAGUCGUUGUGGAUUUGAUUCCCAGAUUGACAUUUGCGCACCCGAAUGCUAGUGGUGAUAAAGGGUUCGAAGAUGUUGUCGAUGUUGCCCUCUCAUCGUUGCUCCGAUUGGUUUACUAA